AUGGAGUUGUCGCUGACAAGAGCUCGCNNAGGUGUCGACAUCGAUGCCGUCGCAGGAUGGCUAGGUUCAUAUGGUGGUGAAGACUCCACCAGCGAUAUCAGUAGAGGUAAGACUGUACUCAAAUUCCUGCUUUGUAAGCUUGCUCUGACUAUCGCGGCAGGACUCUUUGCUGGCACAGUCGGUACCCAAAGAUUACUCAAGUUGUUCGACAAGUACAACAUCAAAGCGACGUGGUUCAUCCCCGGACACACACUCGAGACGUUCCCCGAAGAUUGCGCAGCGAUCAGAGACAAAGAUCAUGAGAUUGGAUUACAUGGAUACAGUCAUGAGAACCCGGCCGACAUGACAAUCGAACAACAACGUGAUGUGCUGGACAAAACAUACAAGAUGUUGACCGAGUUCUGCGGCAAGCCUCCGAAGGGCAGCGUUGCUCCAUGGUGGGAGACUAGCCGUGAAGGAGCGGAAUUGCUGCUGUCAUAUGGUAUUGAGUACGAUCACUCGAUGAGCCACGAGGAUUGUCAGAUGUACUGGCUGCGCACGGGUAUGUUUGAUAGCCUUGCGAAAUAG